GAACAGCUGAGAAACUAUUUGAACUUGAACCCAGUAUGGACUCCAGUUAUAUAUUGCUAUCAAACAUUUUUGCGGCCAAAGGUAGGUGGGAUGAGGUUAAAAAAAUAAGGGCUUUGAUGUCUACUAAGGGUGUUAAGAAAGAGCCUGGUUGUAGCUGGAUAGAAGUUGAUGGUCUAGUCCACGUCUUCACAUCUCAUGAUGGUUCACAUCCCAAAACAAGGGAAAUCUAUGCCAUAUUGGAGGAGCUAGGGUAAAAAUUAACUUCAAUAGGUUAUCGGCAAAACUUGGGCUUGAAUGUUUAACUUUCGAUUUUGGAUGAAUCUCGGAUCAAUUUAAGCUUAUGAUGAGUUCUAUGUUUUGAUAAGAUUCUCACUCUUUUGCCGAAGCCAUAAUGAGGACAGAUUUUUGUUAGUUCAGGUUGCUUUUAUGGGGUCUACUGCACUGAGCUGGAUUGGUGACCGAUCAACUAGUGAUGUUGUUGUCAGGCUACGAACACAGGAAGGCCGAGAUGAGUGGUUUUACUGUCAUUCUCUCAUCCUGGUAGAGAAGAGCAAAUACUUUGGUGACCGUCUUUCUGAGAACUGGCCUACUUGUCUUCGGCUUCUGUAUGUUGCUAUAGAUGGCUCAUCAGAUGAUAUAUGGCAUGGUGUGAAGAAUGCCCUUGGCAUUCUGCGGGUUGCUGUUGAGCUUGGCUCGCCGAAAAUUGUUUCUGGUUGUGUGAAUUUCUUGGAAGCAGUCCCUUGGGAAGAAGCUGAGGAGCAGGAGAUCUUAAGGAUCAUACCACGCAUGGGAUCACAAGCGGAACCAAUUCUUGCCCGUCUCCAACCAGUCAAUCCAUUAUUAAUAAGGAGGGUUUUUCUGUCUGCCAUUCAAUUUGCUACAUCAUCACCUGCUUCAGUCAUGAAUGAUCUGAAAACGUCUGCACAGGAGCAGCUUGAAUACAUGCUCACAGAAGAUGAUGAUGCCCCUCUAUUAACAGCUGACGAUGAGAUAAAAUCCGUUGUAAAAGAAUGUUUGAAAGGGCUCUUCUCCAGAUUUAACAAACUAUUGGACGAUUUAUUGUGUAAAUCUGUGGAAUCAGUUUCAGAGUCAGGGAGAGUACAAUCACUUCAAUCUUAUUUAUCAGAUAUGUCAUGGGCAUGUCAGAUUUUAAGUAAGUUGGAAAUCAUGUUUGAAUUUGUCUACAGUUGGGUAGAUUCAUCAGAUAAGAUACUUCAGGUUGUUGAGCAAGCAUGCACAGCUGUUGAAAUAAUUGAGAUAAAGUUGAAGGUUAUUGAGGUGGCGGCAAAGGUUUUGGAAGCAAUAGGAUAUGGCACUGUUAUUUUGCCAACUGCGAAACGGCUUCAUAUGGUGAAGGUUUGGCUUCCAUUUGUGAGGGUCACGAAGCCUUUUAUUGAUUCUGUGACAACUAACUAUGAGGAUACUGGGCUUAAGAUCGAUGCCGAGCAGUGGCAGUCCUUGGAAUCCUCGUUUGUUUCAAUAGUUCUUGCAUUACCUUCUGGAGACCAGGCAGAGAUUUUGACUGAAUGGUUGGGGAAUGAGCAUAUUCACUAUCCGGACUUUACUGAGGCAUUUGAGGUGUGGUGUUACAGGUCCAAGGUUGCCAAGAGAAGACUAGCUGAUAUAAAAGGAAACCAUGAUAUGAUCAACACAAGUUGAUAAUUUCAUAUGACCUCUUUCCAUAGUUUCACGAGGCAUAGAGUUAGACAGAUCUUACUUAAGCUAGCAUCAAGUAACUCUUUUGUUUCCUUUUAUCUGCAUAUAUUAAACUUGUAAUAGGAAGAAAGUUCCACUGAAACAAGAACUGUAUUUGGUGGAUUUAUUCUAGGAUUUUGCAGAUUAUAUAGUUAUACGAUCCAUUUGAUUGUAAAAACAAUGAUUGUGAAUAUCAGAAAUUCUGGAACAACUAAAGAAUAGAAGAUGCAUAUUUCUGCUAUCUUUUCCCUAAAA